GUUAUAAAACAUCCAAUGGACCUAUUUACUAUAAAUUUAAAAUUAGAAAAUAAUCAAUACAAAAGUUUAAAAGAAUUUGAAGAAGAUAUUCGUUUAAUAUUUCGUAAUUGUUAUACAUAUAAUGAUAUUAAAAGUAAAGAAUAUUGUUUA